AUGUUUCGAACAAUCACAUAUUCUCAACUUUUACUUCCCCUUCGUGCACUACAACUAACACUGGCUGCAACUUGUCUUGCUCUCCAAGUGGCCAUUAUGGCUCGCGAGACUUACCAAGUCACUUUCUCACAUUUAGACUCUGGGCGACGGUUUGUACGGAUAUCAGCGACAUUACGUCUUUUUGAUGCUCACGAAAUCUACGCCGCUGCUGUUUCGGCAUGGGGCAUUGCACACUCUAUCUUAGCACCAACUGGCAUUUUGUUUGUUGCCCUCAGAAACUGGAAAGCGCUGGAAACUGCUGCACAGUACCGCUGGGUCUCACUGGUGUUGGAGGUUGUGACUUGGGCAGCGUGGCUGGGAGCUGCUGUCGAACUUGUUGCACAGGCAGCUUGGGUCGGUGCGUGUUCGGCAGGCACGGCUGGCGUCAGCUGCUCUUUGAUGCGUGCAGGAACUUGUGUGACUGGUGCGGCGUGGGUCGCAUUUUGCAUAUCAGUGACUCUGGUUGUAGUGAUGCUAUUUAUGCGAGAUACUGGAGCAGAUGACGACACCAUUAUUAGCGUUGAUGAGGAAAAGACGAGCAAAAGCAGCCACAGCAGUGACAACGAAGAAUAA